GAUGCGGAGCGGGAUGCGGAGGCAGGGAUGCGCACGAUGCGGAGCUGGAUCUACAGCAGGAUCAUGAACAUCUGAGCAUCAAAACGCGGUUUUAACGGGGAUUUGACAUCUGUCCUAAAAAUCCAGGGUCGAACCGGAAUUGAAUUUCCUGGAUCCUUUUAUUAAACCCGACAUCUGGAAUAACGCCUGUUUUCCUCUUAACAAACAAGGUCGCUGAUUUGCGAUGAUGCUGGUGCUGUUAGACUGACUUCUGGGAGUCAUGGCUAAAACAGUGAUGCUGUGCCUGAGUCUUCAGUCUGUCCUGAUCCUUUGCGUUGUCUUGUCUGGAGCUCUGGGAGACGAUGCAGAAUUCAACCCCUACAAGAUCUUGGGGGUCACCAAGAGUGCAAGUCAGGCAGAAAUCAAGAAAGUGUAUAAACGCCUUGCCAAAGAAUGGCAUCCGGACAAAAACAAGAACCCAGAAGCUGAAGACAUGUUUAUUAAGAUCACAAAAUCCUAUGAGAUCUUAUCGAACGAAGAAAAAAGAGCCAAUUAUGAUCGCUACAAGCAGACCAACUCCCAGCCUUACGGGCCACAUGGCUUCCGUCACUUCCACGACAACUUCUACUUCGAUGAGUCCUUCUUCAACUUCCCGUUUAACAGCAAGGGCAGCCGCGACGACACCGACAGCAAGUACAUGCUGCACUACAACCAGUACAUCAACGAAGUCGUGCCUGACAGCUCCAAGAGACCAUUUCUAAUCAAGAUCACCUCGGACUGGUGCUUCAGCUGCGUCCACAUGGAUCCUGUGUGGAGGGAGGCCGUGAAGGAACUCGAGCCUCUUGGUGUAGGAGUAGGGGUAGUUGACGUCGGGUAUGAGAGACGCUUAGCGAAUCAUCUGGGCGCUCACCGCACUCCGUCCAUACUCGGCGUGAUCAACGGAAAAGUAACUUUCUUUAACUACGCUCUGGCCAAAGAGCAUCUCAUGCAAUUUGUGGAGGACCUGCUGCCUCAGAGACUGGUUGAGAAGAUCACGGACCGGAAUCACCCAGACUUUCUGAAGAGCUGGUAUGAUAUUAACAAACCCCACGUUCUGCUUUUUGACCAAGUGCCUGCGGUUCCUUUGCUGUAUAAGCUGACUGCGUUUGCCUAUAAGGACUAUGUCCAGUUUGGCUACGUGGACCAGGGUCUGUCUGAGACGGCCAACCUGCUCAAGCAGUACAACAUUAACACCUAUGCUCCGACCAUGCUUGUCUUCAAGGAGAACACAGACAAACCAGCUGACAUUAUACAGGCUAAAGGGAUGAAAAAACAAAUAAUUGAUGAAUUUAUCUCCAACAACAAAUUCCUUCUUGCCCCUCGUCUGGUGAACCAGAAGGUCUUUGACGAGCUUUGCCCCGUCAAACAGUUCCAUCGGCGCCGAAAAUACUGUGUUCUGCUUAUCACCGGCGAGGAAGAAGUCUUUGUCCCAGGAAACAAAGCUUUCUUGUCUCUGGCUUCUGUGAACACAGAGGAGGUUCUCCGUUUUGCAUAUGUAUACCAACGUCAGCAGCAGCCUCUGUGUGCUGUGCUACUGAAGAACAGAGACACUCCUCCACAGGUGGUGAUCCUGGAGCGGCGUAACGGGGCCGGUAAAGUGCUCUACAAGCCCAUCCAGGGCGGCUGGAAUGGUAGCGAAGAAGACAAACACAAGCUGAUGGAGGAGCUGGAGCGGCUGCGGAAAGACCCCUCCAUCCUUACCCAUGAUGCCACGCUGCCUGAGCUCAACAACGACUUUGCUUCAAUGUUUUUAAUCAGGUGGAUUUAUGCUGCGUAUGAUUACUUGUCGGAAAUUAUUGAUGAUGUUCUCCACAAUAAUUGGCGUGAAAUGAUGCCUCUGCUGUCUCUGAUAUCCUCUGCCCUGUUUAUCCUGUUUGGCACGGUGAUUAUUCAGGCUUUCAGUGAUUCUGGUGAGGAGAAACCGAUGAAACCAAAGGCCAAAGAAGCAGCAAAGACCCAGAAUGGAUCACCAAGCACUACCAACAUGUCCAGCCGCCCACCAAAGAAAAACUUUGUGGAGGUGACGGAGUUAACAGACAUCACUUAUACCAGUAAUUUGGUGAAGCUGCGACCAGGCCAUAUCAACGUGGUGCUGGUUCUCACGGACGCAACCAAAAACAUACUGCUCAGCAAGUUUGCUAAAGAGGUUUACUCCUUCACUGGGAGCCAGACAUUGCACUUCUCCUUCCUGAAUGUGGACAAGCACAACGAAUGGAUGUCCACCCUGCUGGAAUUCGCCCAGGACGCCAUGCAGCUGGAAGCGGACGAGGAGGAGGAGGCCAGCAACCGCAAGACAGAUUACACAGGCUACGUGCUGGCGCUCAACGGUCAUAAGAAAUACCUGUGCCUGUUCAAGCCUGUGUACACUGGGGAGGACGCUAACAGCAGAGCAGAGGACGAGGCAGGGAGCUCCAGAUCCAGGUCAAGCUCCAGAGAUGAGCAUCAGCAUAGGAAAGGAGGGGCACGCUCACGCUCCACCACUCUUCACAUUCACCACAAACUGGAUCGUCUGGGUUUGUGGAUGGAGCGGCUGAUGGAAGGCACGCUACCUCGAUACUACAUCCCGGCUUGGCCUGGUCUGGACAAGAUCACGGUGAAUAAAUAGAGUUGGAAAACCUAGCAUGCUGCAAAAGUCGGUGCUGGUUCUUUGGGAGCGGUUUCUCGUCAUUCCUAUAGCAGUAGGCGGACUUUGUGACCUCAGAGCUCAGACUCUGACUUUUUACACAGAUGCUGUAAAUGACCCGAGUCUAAUAGUAGCUCCAUGCUGCGCUAUAACUACUGAAUGCUGCUCCAGCUGUUACUUUAAAGGUACAAUAGAUAGGGAUAUCCAUUGAUACGUAACCAAACAUAAUACCAGUGACAAAAUUCAACCUGCAUAUCAGUCUUUAAUUAUUAUUACCCACAAUGUCUCUCAGCUACUUGUUAAUAGUGAGUGGAUUUCAUCCUAUCAGGCAUUUUAGUCAAAUCUUCUGAUCAAACACGUUCACUUUCCUCUAAUCUGACUAAUCUAAACUCUGUCUCACUCCACAAUCCGACUGCUCUUAAAUGAAUAUAACAAUAAACAUCGCUGGAAAGUGCUGAUUUGGAAAACAAGUUCUUGUUUUUAUGUUUUUUAGGACCUAGCAUCAACAGUUAUCCUUUAUCAUUAAGAUCUGUCAUCUCCUAGUAAACAGCAUUGUAACUGUGCUAGCAAUAACAGUGUCCUCAUGUGAUGUCUGCAUGGCACCACAUUGGAAAUAUGUAUUUUUAAAAUGUAUUGAGGUGGAGACAAGACCUGAAAGCUUUCUGUAAUUGUAAAAUGUCUCUUUUGAUAUACAAAAUGGGUUGAAAUGUGAGGAUUUCAGUCGGUGUAAAACUUAACCUGAUCCCCUGCCAUGCACACGGUCACCUUCACAUGGUAAAUGUAGCAUGGACUAAAAAAAAAGUAAACUAACAGUGGGAAGCAUCAUCUAGACAGCAAAAUAUUUAAUAAUCGUAAUUAUAAUCGUACAGAUUUUAAAUAAUCCUAUUAGUGUUAUGCAUACGUGUGCGUAUUUAGAUUUUGUCCUGAACAGAAGAAUAUAGAGGACCGUGUCUUUCCUGUGCAAUAAGACUACUUUGCCUUGAACCUGGUUCUUUAAAUACAUUUUUCAAAAAUUUUUUGGUGGACACCUGAACAUUCCAUUCCACCUCUGGUCCCCAUUUAAACUUCUGGGAAGAUGUUCCACUAGAUUUUGGAGUGUACUUGCAGACAUUCAUUCGAAGUCUGAUAUAGGUGAGGUGUUGCAAUUCAUCCCAAACCAAAGGUGUUUGAUAAGUUUGAGGUCAGAUCUCAAUAGCAGGCCAAUCAAGAUCUUCCACUCCAACAUAUCAGAAGCAUAUUUUCAUUGAGCUUGUUUUUUGGUUUUCCCAGUUCGUGUAAAGGGAAAACGUCAUGCAACCACAUCCAAAGACAACCGUGUGUCUCCAACUUUUAACAGUUUGGGGAAGAAACACCUAUGGAUGGAAAGGUCAGGUGUCCCAAUACUUUUGUUCAUACAUUGUAUAGAUAUAAGCAAAUUAAAUAUUUGUAUGAUAAUGUGCUACACAGUGAUCAGACCACCCAGUAAUAUGAAUAUGAUGUUUUUUGUGCGACCAGUUGUUUUUUUAAAAUGAAAUGAAAAUUUUUCUAAAAAUAACUAGGAUUCUAUUAAAAAAAACGAGAAUUUCUUUCUGGGUUUUUUCCCCUUUCUUAAUUGCAUCAUUCAGUAAAAUAGCCAAUCAGCUUCCAGUAUGCAAAUUACGCCAACAUUUUACAAUAGUAUUAUAUAUUUUCCUUUCAGGCCGUAGCAUGCACAGUAGAAGAGAGUGCUAGCUACAAUAGAAGCUAAAUAGCUUGUUUCUUCCACCUAUUAUAUUCAUAACCUGUAUUUAUUAGUUACAGAGAUGUGUAGCUGCUUCUGUGCCUUUUCUUUCGUGGAACGAGCUUUUGGAUGAUUUAUUUAUUUUAAGCAGCAUGAUAAUCCAAAUCCAGUCUUCCAUCCCAGUACAGGUUAUAGGAUAUGACAUUUCUGCCAGAAGAUGCAUCAAACCAGUGUGCUGUUUAGUUAUAAAUCCAUACCCUGUUGUUAUUUAUAAAUUACAAAUAAGCCCAUUUAUUUCAAGUGUUUUAGUCUUUUCAUGUUUGCCUCAUCAAUUCUGUACAGUCCAUGUGUAUAUCUGCUUGAUAGUGUUAUAGAAUAGAUCAAGACAAUGAUGUGGUCUCAUUUAUUGCAAAAAAUGUAGAGCUGUAACAAAUAAAAUGAAUCAUUUAAUUUUAUUUCCAUAAUUUUGAUAUGUGCCAAUGUUUCUUUUUUUAAGAAGACAUACACUGAAUAAGUCAAAGUUUUACUGAAAGUUUUUCUUAUUAUUUACGGUUCUGGAUUGUAUUUUCUUUUUUUCUUUUCAAUAUUAAAAAAAAAAAAAAAAAGGAAAAUGUAAAUGUAAAAAAAAAAU